AUGAAGACCUACAUGUCCUUGUUGGGUUCGCAAGCGCUUCUCGGAGGACAUAUCGUUCUGCUUUUGGGGCUAAGCGAUGAUGGUGGAGUUUCGCUGUCAGAUGAGGAAGACCUAAGAGCAAGAAUGGACAUGCAUCAGCUAGUUGCACAUGGCUCUAUCGGGGGCGACUCACCACCACAAACAGCUGACCAAGUCAUUGAGGAGAUUGAUGAGAUGUUGCAGUCAUGCGACUUCACCGGCUCAAUGAUGACCGACCGAACAAUGGAAUCCGUGGACAGUAUGUACUCAUCGAUGCGUUCUCCAUUACCAUCAGGACAUUCCAGUGAAGCUGAUAUGAAACUACGUCAAGCACAAGCACUUGCAGCAAAUCCAGAAAGUUAGUU